AAGAAAUUGCCCCGUUAAGCCUGCUAAAUAAGCCUAUCUCAUUUUAUACCCUUUAUAUUUUUUUGUCAGCAGUCGCUGAACCGUUGCAUGCUCGCUUUCACGAAUUACUGACAAAUCACCGAAUUAGUGACUAGCAUUGUGUGGUUCGUCCCUAGGAAGCGCUGCGGAAAUGGAGGAGCUCCGGGGUGGGAGUGGGCGCUGGAAUCCAGCCUCUCCCCCUCACGGCGGCGCGGGAAAGCUCGCUAAAAGCAGCUCGACAACCAGGGAGCAAAAAUACCUUAUUUUUACGUAGCAGCUGCACACAGCGUCCAUCUGCCCCCGUUAAGGGAGCCGAGGCACGGCUCGGCAUGCGGCAGCCGCAGCCCCGCUGCGCCAGCGGGAGCGUCCCGGGAGCACAUCCAGCUCCGGAGGGGAGCGGGAUCGCAGUGCCACAGGCAGCGUGGGCUGAUACGGGCAAACCUCAGUGUCACUUAUGUGUCCCCCCCGCAGCCGUGACACUCCGUGUGGCAGCAUUCGGGUCACCCGUGCCGGGGAAGGCGCUCGGCAGCGGCAGGAAGCGGCGGUGCCGCCCGGGGGCCCUCGGCGGGAGCGGGAACCGGGGCCGGUCCUGGAUGUAGGAAAUAUGAAUGACUGGCAGAGAAAAAGCCCUCUAGAUUGGGAAACGUAUGUGAACAAAUUGGUGAAAGUAAUUGCAGUUGAGAAACAUGAAUAUGAAGGAUGGGUUUUAACAGUUGACCCAGUUUCUGCCACCAUUGUCCUUGCAACAUUCCCAGAGAACGAGAAAGGGUCCAUAUCAUUCAUCAUGGGCCAUGCCAUCCAGGAGGUGGAAAUACUGCGGGAAGGGGACAGUGACAUGAAGCAGCGCCUCGCUCGCAUCUCCGCGCCCGAGGAAAGGCAAGCCUACAGCCCGGAGGAGCUGGAGAAGAGGAGGAAGGCCUUGAAGAGCUGGCUGGAGACGAACCACAUCCCGGUGGGGGAGCAGGGGGAGCAGGGCAGGACGCUGAGCGUGGCGGGGGUGCUGACCAUCGAGCCGCCGUACGGCCCCGAGCAGUGCAGCAGCGCCAACGAGAUCAUCCUGUCGCGAGUGCAGGACCUGCUGCAGGGCUACCUCGGCCAGCAGCGCCCCGACCCUGCCCAGGAACCCUUCUGCCUCUAGGAACAUGUUCACUGUUUGCAGAAAUGCUGCCUUUUGGCUACUUUUGUCUUGAUUUUUUUGUAUGUAAAGGAGAAGUACAAACUCAAAGCAUAAGCGUUUUUUCAUGCGCUGUUAUUAUUAGGAGCAAGCUGUUGGAUGAUGAUGUAUUAGACUGAUUUAUCAGUUUAACUUGUCAGUUCAGAAUUUUUGUAACAGUAUUGUAAAAGGUAUAUAUAAUACACUUACUGUUUUCCCUUUAAAAAUAGUUGAAUUAUCUAGUGCUGAAGGCAUGUUUAUUUGAACUGCUUACCAGAUUUUUAUUUUUAUUAAAAAUAAAGACAAUUAUGACACCUGGA